AUGGCCACUGAAGAACAGCCCAAGAUUAAGCUUUACUGGCUAGAGCAAUCUCGCGCUCAAAACAUCCUUUGGCUUCUUGAGGAGCUCAAGGUGCCUUAUGAGCUUGAAACAUUUCAUCGAGUAAACAUGUUCGCCCCUCCCGAGUUAAAGAAAAUUCAUCCGCUAGGAAAGUCGCCUGUGAUCUCCAUCACACCCGCAGGCUCGGAAGAGCCAACCGUUCUAGCUGAGAGCGGGUUCAUCACUCAAUACCUAAGCGAGCAUUUUAGCCAAGGCACCACCAUGAUGCCUAAGCGCUGGAAGGACGGCCAGGACGGCAAAGUCGGCGGCGAGACUGAGCAAUGGCUGCGGUGGCAGUAUCUGCUCCAUUACGUUGAGGGUUCGCUGAUGCCGAUGCUUAUGAUGGCGAUGGUCUUGGGAGCGCUCAAGGGGUCCAAUAUCCCCUUCUUCAUCCGUCCCAUCACCUCCAUGGUCGCCAACCAGAUCCUCAGCCGCCUCGUCUUCCCGAACGCGAAGUCGCAGCUGGGAUUCUUGGAACAGCAGCUGACGACUUCGGGAGGCGACUACUUAUGUGGCCCGGAACUCACAUCUGCGGAUGUUCUUCUCAGCUUCGCGUUAAUCGCAGCUAAGGAUAAGUUUGAGACUUUUGGAACGUGGGAGAGCGGUGGCCCUAAGGCGUUGUUCCCUAAGGUGUUCGCGUACAUCGAUAGGCUUGAGGCACAUCCCGGGUACGAGAAGUCGGUCCAGAAGGUCAAGGAGAUUGAUUCGAGCCUGGGUAUCAUGUUCACGCCCAAGAUGUGA